AUGGCUUCACAGACCCCCUCCAGCAUCGCGAUGGCUCUUGCUGGCAAGACCCAAACCGCUUCUGUUGAUAUCCCCCUGCCCCGGAGCAUCCCAGGCAAGGCGCCUGCCCGGCUGGGCCAACCGGCCAUGCUUCCGACGCCACCCAACUCCAUCUCGCCCACGCUGCCUCCCCAAGCCUUCAAGCACCGCGCCGCCCUCUCUCCCGGCUCGCUCUUGUCCACAGUGCCCCAGCUGGACUCAGAUAUCGAUCUGCAGGAUGCCGUCGAGCAUGCCAUCAGCCAGAACCAGACUCACGAGCACGCGCAGCCCCAGUCCGCCACCCUAGACUUAGACAGCACCGGCGCCAUUACGCCUGCCAUGCUGGCGCGUUAUCAUCUACCGGACAUUCUGCUCUCGCAGGGCCCUCUCGCCAUCCGUCAUGUCAUGGGCCACUUGACCACUUCAGUUCCGGGUUUCUCGCGCAUUCCCCCUGCCAAGGCUCGUCGUCUGGUGGUUGCUGCGCUCGAAGGUCGAGGUAACGGUGGCGAGGCGGGCGGAUUGGACGGCGACGUGAUUUUCGAGAAGAUUGGCUGGGGACGCUGGGACGCGCGACGACGGGGCGAGCCUGUCCGCGAGCGCUCGCUCAACAUGUCUUCGCCACCUUCCAGCAUCGCCGAGUCCUUCCCGCAGCGCGGCCUGCAGAUCGAGGGCCGUAACAACGACCGUCGGUAUUCGUGCGCCACCGGUAUCGAGUCUGCCGCCUUCUCAUACACUGAGGACUAUGGCAUGCCGGAGGACCUCGACAUGCUCGAGCACGAGGCCGACAAGAUGUCUUUGGACGGCGAAGAUGGACGCGAGUUCUGCUCUUCCUCCGAGGCGCCUGACGAGAUGCAAGAUGAUGACGAGGGCACCGACACGGACGAAGAGGACUGGGCGCAGAUUGGUGCGGAUGCGCUGCGCGCUCGCUCGUACAACGGGGGUGGCGGUCCGUUUGUUCGCAGCAACGUUGCUGCUCGCGCGAAGGCUCUUCCUGCUGGAGUUUUCGGACCCACCCUAGACGCGAGCGCGCCCCGCAAUAUCGACACUCAGGAACGCGCUGCGGUCGAGGCACUGCUCCGCUUGGGCUCCAUGUAA